ACAGCGUAGUAGGGGUUGGACUGGAGUAGAGCACAUUACGUCCAUAAUGAGUCGAGACAUGAAGGAAUUUACAAAACUGUAGUUUUACAAAAAUAUCGUGGGUCACCUCAGUGACUCGAGCUAUUCAACUCAUUGUCCAGAUGUGACUGUUUCAGAACUGUUAUGUCAAACAUGAAAAGACAAAGUUCAUGGCAGGAGGAUAUCGCCCGAAACUUUUCCAGACUAUUUCAAAGAACUAGAUCUCAAGAACCUGAGAAAACAGAGGAAAGCAACAUCAGUGGCCAGGAGAAUCCAGUCAGCAGCAACCUCAGCAGUGAGACCAAUGAAGGGGAAACAUCGCUGCACCAAGAAGACCUGGAGCUGUCCAAGGCAUUCCAAAGCACGGAAGAAAAGGGAGACGGAAGAGAGGAAGGAGUGCCAGGAGAGGCACUGGAGGACGAAGAGAGAGAGAGAAAGGAGAAAGGAGGAGAGGGCAGCAGCAGCAUAUUGGACGAUGCUGGGGGGUCCUCGGAGGACCAGCCCCUCGUCCUGCCCCCCUCAGUGGACUCCCCUUGCUCUCCGGUGAGCCCCCUGGGGCCCGGCUCUCCCACACCUCCUCCCCCUUUAGAUGCCUUCUUCAGGAGACUAGGGAGUUUGUUCCACUUCAAGGCUGAACCAACCAGAGGAGCCCAGCCGCAGGAGGAACAGCAGCAGGCAGAGGAGGGAGGAGAAGGACAAGAGGAGGAGAAGACAGCAUUAGCAGUGGUGUCUGUUGAGCCAGACCUCUCAGGAAUGACAUGUGGUGCAGAGGUGGAACAGGACCACUGUGACUCGGCUGGGAGGCUGACAGGAAAUAAGGACACUCGGCACACAGAGACAGAGGACAGGAGAGAGGGAGCGUCUGACUUACCUGGUGUAGCGACGUCCACACGGAGUCAAACGCACACAGACCUGGAGAAACCAGCCUUGGAGGAGGAGGAGACGCAGACGGAAGGCCACAGGGAAGGAUGCGGAGAGGGCGAAGCAGCAGCAGACAGCGGCCCGUUGCGCGAAGGUGAGGCGGAGGUGGACGAGCAGCAUCAGCGGCGGCUGGCCCUGGCCUGUCCGCCUGUGGUGACGUACGGGACGUACCGUGGCCAGAGAGAGAGACGCAGGAUGAUGCAGAGGCACCAGGUGCAGGUGGACUUCCCCAUCUCAGAGGGUGAUGAGGCCCUGCAUGAGAGGGGUUCAACCUCAGGGGGGGAGGGCAGCCCUUUGGUUGGGGUGACACCCUCCACUUUAGAACUCACUAUUUCAAAGCAGAGUGACAUUCAGACCAUAUCGACCAAUCAGAUUAGAGCUCCAACCUCAGAGACCAAUGAGAGAGGAGCUUGGACUUCUGAAACAGACUCUGCUGUUUUGAGUCCAACUGGACUUGGCUCUAGUCACAUUCCACUAACAAUGCAGACAGCAGAAAGGGCUGGGAGUCAAAGUGCCUUCCCUUUACACAGGGAGGCAGGCCUGCCUACUGUAGGAGCCCAGACCAAGGACUUUCUCUCUGGGGCUGGCUCAGUCACAGGCACCUCUCCCCCUCCCGCACCCACAGAGGACUUUGUUGAUGCCGGGACAAGUACAGCAGGCAGUGAGACCCACAGUGGGGAGCAGAGCCCGCGGGAUAGAAUCACUCAUGCAGAGAUGGCCAGUGAGGAUACACACAGGGACACAGACAGGGACAGAGACACAGAGCUGAGUGAGCAGACAGAAACCUUAUCUGCACACUGUGUCCAGACUGGGUCACCUUCAGUAGCUGCUGCGUGGCUCAGCGAGCCGCCAGGCACCGGGGGGACUGCGCAGCACACUCAUCUGCCUGCUGCUGUUUCCGAUGUCGAUGGAAGCCAGCUGGCUCCGCAACCCAUUUCACUGUCCGCCUCGCUUGCAUCAGCGGACGAAAGCCAGGGACCCAUGCCAGCAACUAGGCACUCCGAUUCUGGGGACGCAUUGGAUUCAGGCACUGGUGCUGGACUGGACUGCUUUGAGUCAGGGGAGGAGGAGGGGGACGUUGGUCCUUCAGACGAUCUGUUUGGCCAGGCCCUUCAUUUGGAGUCUAAAAUGAUGGUGGAUAACAUUGUGAGGAAUGCUCUAGCGGCCCUGGAGAGAAUAGAAUCCUCUGAGUUGGAGGGGGAUGAAGCGUUCCAGAAGGCCAGUGAGGAGAUUUACCUGGUCCUACCCGCAGGACGAGAGGAGGAGGGCAUGGAGCAGUCCUUCGAGACGGAUAAGCUCCUGGAGGUAAGGCCUUCAGUGAGGGGUGAUGACAAACACCCCUCAGCCUUCCCAGCAGAACAGACCCUCUCGUUGAACCCUAACCCUCUGGCGGAGGGCCCCAGGUCUACCCCCUCCUCGGGGUACGAAUCUAUCGCAGGCUCGGACACUGACAUCAGGAGCAGCCCUGGGCCGGCCUGUGAGAGCAGUGCACCCACCAUCUGUGUCUCAGACCACAGGCAGGGAGAACACUGUGCCGAGGGGACCCCAGGCACCGGUCACCAGUUAAAGGUCAGAGGUCAACAGCUAAUGGAUGCUAAUGCUAAUAAGCAUCCACAAGGGGAAGAGGAUUCCCAGCCAAACGGUGCUAUCACAUCUGAAUACAGUGGCAAUAAGCACCAGGGAGAUGUGUUGCCUCGCUUGAGUGGUGGAGUGUCCCACGAGAAACCAGGUAUCCAUGGUGAUGGUGGGGAUAUUAUUCAAAUAACGAGAGGGAGUCAUGAGUAUGAGUCUGUCUCAGGGAAAACAAAUGAAAACAAAGAUCAGGUGCUCGGCACUUCAGGGGACAAUGGUUGUAACGCGGUGCUAGGCGUUAAAGAAACACAGGUAGGAGACAGAGUAGUCCACGUAGCCAAAGAUGAUAUCGAAAGCAAUAGACAUAGUCCUAAACAAGAUGGUAAGGCUCAAUAUGGUCCUGUUUCUGUGUCCAAUAACUCUGAAAGUCCUAAUAACCUCAACAGCACUCUGAAUGACAAUACUUCCUUCAAAAACCAAACAGCAUUUCCUGAGACUGAUCUGCUUAGGAAAGGUUCCAGACCUGAAGCUAAGGGCAAUUCUGAGACAGACCUUAUGUCAGUCAGACCAAAACACGCCCAAAACUCCCUACAACCAUCUCAAGUCAGACAUGCUAAAGGGUUGAGGCCUAUUGCCUGUAUAACUCUUCAUGAUGAAGACCAAGAGAGCGGUCCUGAAAUAACGCUGAAUGUUCCUCAGACUGAGACCAAUGGGUCGAAUGGCACUAUGGUCAGUGGGGAUCAAGGCUUUGUCCUGGUUGAGACUUACUUAGCCUCUGUAGUCUCAGAGGGCUCUGACUCUGGAGGUGAGGAGGAUGGGGCCGACAGCAGACCCACAGGCACCAUCUGCAUGGACCCUUCUUCCUCAAGGAGACUCCCCAAGGACCUGAGCACCUCAGAGGGCCUUGUGUCUAAUUCAGCCCCUGGCUCCGGUAACGAGGACAUGCCACAGAGGAGCUCGGUGACAGCAUAUCGCUGCGAUGUCUCUCCGCAACAGCAGAGUCAGGACUCAGAGACACCAGGACACAGUGGUGCAGGUUCAGCAGCUGCAGCUAUGGCAGGGUUUCACCAGGACCUGAGCAGCAGGCUAGCUGGGCUCCAUGCUACAGGGGCUACGGGAGGCCGGCGAGCCCCAGCCCUGGAACCUCUCCUCCCCCUCCUCCCAGUCCCCCAGCUUGCCUUCCAUGACAUGGAGGUGAGCGGUUUUUCCAUUAUCGACGAGGAAGAGGAGACUGAUGCCGUGUUUGUCAAUGACACAGGCCCCAUGCUGAGCCCCACAGCUCGGCGGGCCAAGGCCUAUCCCUUCUCUCUGUCGCCCAUCGUGGAGGAAGACAGUCUCCGCAGCGAGGAAAUGGUGGAGGGGGGCCUGUCGCGGGAUGACAGGGGACUCAUGGUGCCACCAGCCACAGAGGAGCUGAGGAGUCUGAGCGGAGGUGUGGGGAUGGAGCAGCUGGCCUCGUCCUCCUCUCUGUCCAUCCUGUCCCUGCUGCAGUCGGUCAGCGAGCGCCUGCAGUCCAGUGGCUACUCCGACACGGAUGCAGACUUAGAGGAGCCCUUCAUCCCUCCUCUACGGCGGCCCCUAUGGGACUUCUUUAACAGUGGCCAGGCAGAGGGUGAGGAGGGGGAUGGCCAGGGAAUGGAUGGAGACCAAAGUAGCAAGCAGGAGGGCCCAGGCUCUCUGACACUUCCUACUGAUCCAUUUACUAUGGGACCUCGAGAAGGGUAUCCAACAGAGGACGUGAACUAUCUGCCCACUCAAAAGCCUGCAGAUUCGCCCAUGAAUCAUUAUUUGAAAUCAGCGCAGCCAGUGUUGCCAGAGCCUGAUGAUGACAACGGUGAACAUCAUGCCGAACUCAUUCCGCGCCUCAGUGAUAAUAAGUGUUCAUCCACAGCAACCGACAUGGGGGAAAAUUGGAGUUGUGGAAAGGUCAUCCCAAGGCCUACUCUGAUGAACAUCUUUGAUGGUGUGACAUUCUCUGGGGAGAGGUGGACUAUCCACGCAGACCAGGAGGAUUCUGGGAUGGUGUUUCCACAGGGUGCCUCUGUGCGAGUUUUGGGAGGAUGCUGGCUUCUGUACCUGGAGCCGGGGUUCCAGGGCCCCUGGGUGCUACUGGAGGAAGGGGAGACGGUACUGAGCCACCAACCGGGCCAGCAGCAGGCCAGCCAGGGGAUAAAGAACAAGCCCACCAGCAUCACCAUCGGCUCCAUCAGAAGACUAGUGAAGGAUGACAGCACUCCAGAAAUUCAUCUGCUUCCGAUCGGAGCGCCAGGAGGAGCCACGGAGCAUCUCCACUCGAAAGUGGACAUCUUGGGAACACGUGGUGGACCUAUCCACCUGUCAAACCUGACUGUCAAGUCUGGCUGUUGGCUUGCCUAUGACAACCCUGGUUUCCAUGGGAACUAUGCGAUUAUGGAAGCAGGUGGCUCUCCAACACCUGGCGCUGGUCAUCCCCAGGUCGCCGCUGUGAGGUCACUGAGACCCCUCAGAAUGAGUGGACUCAGAGUGAGGAGACCUCUGGAUCCUAAGCUGUUGGUGUUCGAGCAGCCCCACUUCCAGGGGCGGAGCGGAGAGCUGGGAGGCCACACCCCCAGUCUGGGAGCUGUGGCUGGGCUGAAGGGGGCAUUGUCGCUACGGGUCAUUGGUGGAGUAUGGGUGGGCUACACUGGAGAGGACUACACAGGGUGGCAGUAUUUACUGGAGGAGGGAGAAUACAGUGACUGCGCAGAUCUGGGUGGAGCCGAUCACCCUCUGCUGCUCUCCUUCCGCUUCUUACAGGCAGACUUCAUAGAGCCCUCGGUGUCACUGCAGGAGGAAACUGGCUGUCCUGGAGACGGGGGGAGGAACAUUUUGGAUCUGGACAUCCCUGAUCUGGAGAAAGCUGGAGCCACUGAGAAGACCACUGCCAUCUCUGUGAAGAGUGGAGUAUGGGUGGCGUAUAGCGAGCGAUGCUUCAGCGGAGAGCAGUGCAUACUGGAGAAAGGCAAACAUCCUGCCACUCUGCACUGGGGUGGCAACUAUGGAGCAGCUAAGUCUAUCAGACCCAUACGAUUGGAACUUUGUGGCACCGGAGAACCAAAGGUCUUGCUGCGGGCCUACAGCCAGCCCCACUACGGGGGAGUGAGUGAGGAGUACGAGGGGGAGGCAGGACACUGUGGAUCUCCCUCCCCCAUGUCAUUCAGAGUCAUCAGGGGAAACUGGCUGCUCUUUGAUGAGGAUGGUUACUGUGGAAACCAGUAUGUCCUGGGAGAGGGUCUUUAUCCUGACCUCAUUUCCUGUGGCUGUGUGGACACUUCUGUCAAAUCACUGAGGCCCAUUCCCUAUAGUUUCUCCGACCCGUCCAUCAGCCUGUUCUCCCUGGAUUACUUAGAGGGCCCGAAGAUGGUUGCCGUAACACCCACAGAGCACAUGAAGGACUUCUUCACUCAGUCUCUGCGGGUUGACCGUGGACUGUGGGUGGUGUAUGAAUAUAGUCACUAUAAGGGCCGUCAGAUGCUGCUGCAGCCAGGGGAGCUUCCUGUGUGGGGAGAGCACAGCGGCUGGGACACCAUUGCCUCCUUACGGCCCCUCAAACAGUCUGUACUGUGUGUGGUCUCCUUCCAGCCCAGGCUUUAUGUAGAGGUAAGGAACCGUGCUCUGGGUUCAGUGCUGACCUCUGAGAUUGUCCAGGACGACUUGUCCCUGGCCAGAGUGUCCCUGUCCCCGGCCUGCUCUCUGGACACCCAGCGCUGGCUCUUCACCGGAGGGCUGCUCUGCUGCAAGGCUAGUAAGGCGUGUCUGUCAGUGAUCGGAGGGAAGGCCACAGUGGGGGCCAGAGUGGCCCUGUGGGCGGAGCAUGGACGCACACACCAGAGAUGGAGCCUGAACCACAACGGAACCAUCUCUUCCCAUCUCAACCACAAACUAGUACUGGACUUCAGAGGUAGAACAAGUUUCGAGAGGGACCACCUGGUUGUCAAUGAAUUCGCUGCUGAUCAGGCCACACAGUUCUGGGACAUGGAGUUGGUCUAGAAGAAAACUCCUGCCAAAGCCAUGAGGCAUCCCAGUGCAGUAUGGGAGAUGUUUGUUGUGGUUUUUGUUUCUAUCCUGGCAGAGCACUUCUCCCAGCCAUCUGGCCAACGUGUCCAUGACAAAUGAGCAAGAAGCAUCGCGUUCAUUUCCUGUGUCUUUUUUUGCUUGAUCUCAGGACCCAGAAACCAUUGCAGCGGCGCUGACACACAGAGUAACGAUACAGAAUCCAAUCGUCUUUCUCUACUUGAACAUGUCAGUGUGGCACUUAAUUCUAAAGUUAAUGUGUAGACAGUUAAGAACUGACAGGGGAAUUUAAAGCCAAAACUACAGGAUCAAGGCAGUUGAGCAAUCACAUAAAGGUUAUGAUAACUACCACUACUACACCAUUGAAAUAGAAUAGAAGUCAGUCAGCCAGUCUUUAACCUAAUGGGCUUACUGCUCUGUCUGAGGCAAUAUAAUGUAGCUUCUUAGCUUCUAUUUCUGUUAUCUUUUCUCAAGCACAUUUGCACUACCAAGAUUUUCACGUGAAAUGCGGCCAACAUCUUGUUUCUCUCGAUGAUGUCAAGGAAUUUGCUGCUGUAAGCUACCCUCGUCCUUAAAAUAUCAUGUCACCACUAACUGCCACUAGCCCAAAGUAAAAUAGUCACCGGCCCUCUACAAAUAUGUUCAGCGGGAGUGUUUAAAAAGAGCGUCUGGUUAUUUCACUGGAGCAAAAGGUGCAGAACCUUAAUAUAUAUGUAUGAUAUUCAGGAAUAGAUGUCAUCAAAUAUUUCUUAAAGAAUUGAUGUCCAUAAAGAUAAGAUGACAGUGUACAGUUGAGGCAAGCUGAUGAUUAAUAAUGAAGAUGUGUAUGUUUUUAAAUCUGUGAAUAAUAUUAAAGGUUAAUGUCAUAUCUGUUCA